AAAAAACACCAGUGGAGUAAUUUCGUAAGCCUGCACACAUUCAUACACAGCGCACUUGACAAUCGGCAUAAACGAUAAUCGCGCCUAUGAACUUUAUGCGCGCAUCUCAUAUAAUUUUUAUUCACAGCUUCAGAUUGGACUAAGGAAAAGAAACAACUUAAUAAGAUCACUGCCUGGUAUAAUUCCGUAGAUUUGUCGGUCAGACGUGUAGACCGCUGGUGGUGCACAUCGUACCAAAGUCGCCAUGGAGUUCAGGAUCGGGACGGGGAUUUUUCUGUGCUUCGUCUCCGUGGCUCUGCUGCUACCGGGCGGUUCUUGCCGGAUGACCGGUGCGCCGGUGGCGGCCUGCAGCACUCUCACGCCGCAGCACGGCACGUCGGCCCAGACUGGGCCCAGCCCGUACGUGUUGGAGACGGUUUCAGGUAGCACCUACUCGGUCGGAGGGACAGUUACAGUUCGUGUCAGCGCCAACCCAACUUCCACCCAAUUCCGAGGUCUUAUCCUGCAAGCUCGCCGGGCCAGCGACGACGCCACGGUGGGUUCAUGGACGCUACCGACCGGUGGUGACUUCCGGUACACGGAGUGCUCUGGUGCCGGUGACCAGUCGACGGUCACUCACACGAACGGCCUGUUGGACAAGUCAUUGCCGGUGACUUUCACCUGGAAUGCCCCAACCCAGUCUGUCGGGGAUGUAAAAUUUCUACUUUCUGUCGUUCAAGCAUUUAGCACAUUUUGGACAAAUAUGGAGACAAUGGUCACAGUUAUCACACCUUGUGUGAGCAGCCCAUGCCGCAAUAAUGGUCAAUGUGACAGCCGAGAUGGCACGACAUAUUCCUGUGUUUGUACUGCUGGUUUCACUGGGGAUAACUGUGGUAUUCCAGUGACUACACCUUGUUCAAGCAACCCGUGUCAAAAUGGUGUUUGCUCUGACGUUGGUACUUCAUCAUACUCAUGUACAUGCAGCCCAGGUUUCACUGGAACCAACUGUGACACAGUGACUACACCUUGUUCAAGCAACCCGUGUCAAAAUGGUGUUUGCUCUGACGUUGGUACUUCAUCAUACUCAUGUACCUGCAACCCAGGUUUCAUUGGAACCAACUGUGAGACAGUGAUGACUACACCUUGUUCAAGCAACCCAUGUCAAAAUGGUGUUUGCUCUGACACUGGUACUUCAUCAUACUCAUGUGCCUGCAACACAGGUUUCAUUGGAACCAACUGUGACACAGUGACUACACCUUGUUCAAGCAACCCAUGUCAAAAUGGUGUUUGCUCUGUCGUUGGUACUUCAUCAUACUCAUGUGCCUGCAACGCUGGUUUCACUGGAACCAACUGUGACACAGCCCAAGAUCCCUGUCAACCAUCACCAUGUCAGAAUGGUGGAGCUUGUGUCCCAGGCAGUGCAUCAGGCCAGUUCACAUGUGUGUGUUCCUCAGGCUUCUCAGGAACUCGAUGUGAAAACACAGUUGCCCAAGAUCCCUGUCAACCAUCACCAUGUCAGAAUGGUGGAGCUUGCUUCCAAGGCAGCACAACAAGCCAGUUCAUCUGUGUGUGCUCAACAGGCUUCGCAGGAACUCGAUGUGAAAACACAGUUGCCCAAGAUCCCUGUCAACCUUCGCCAUGUCAGAAUGGUGGAGCUUGUGUCCCAGGCAGCACAUCAGGCCAGUUCACAUGUGUGUGUUCAACAGGCUUCACAGGAACUCGAUGUGAAAACACAGUUGCCCAAGAUCCCUGUCAACCAUCACCAUGUCAGAAUGGUGGCACUUGCUUCCAAGGCAGCACAACAAGCCAGUUCAUCUGUGUGUGCUCAACAGGCUUCGCAGGAACUCGAUGUGAAAACACAGUUGCCCAAGAUCCCUGUCAACCAUCACCAUGCCAGAAUGGUGGCACUUGCUUCCAAGGCAGCACAUCAGGCGGGUUCUUCUGUGUGUGCUCAACAGGCUUCACAGGAACUCGAUGUGAAAACACAGUUGAUCCCUGUCAACCAUCACCAUGUCAGAGUGGUGGAACUUGUUUCCAAGGCAGCACAUCAGGCGGGUUCUUCUGUAUGUGUCCAACAGGCUUUGGAGGAACUCGAUGUGAAAACACAGUUGAUCCAUGCCAACCAUCGCCAUGUCAGAAUGGUGGCAAUUGUUUCCAAGGCAGCACAUCAGGCGGGUUCUUCUGUAUGUGUCCAACAGGCUUCACAGGAACUCAAUGUCAAGACACAGUUGUAAGUGGAGAUCCCUGUCAACCAUCGCCAUGCCAGAAUGGUGGAGCUUGUUUCCAAUUAGCCAGCACACCAGGACAGUUCAUCUGUACGUGUCCAAUAGGCGUCACAGGAACUCGAUGUGAAAACACAGUUGCCCAAGAUCCCUGUCAACCAUCACCAUGUCAGAAUGGUGGCACUUGUUUCCAAGGCAGCACAUCAGGCGGGUUCAUCUGUGGGUGUCCAACAGGCUUCACAGGAACUCAAUGUCAAGACACAGUUGCCCAAGAUCCCUGUCAACCAUCACCAUGUCAGAAUGGUGGCACUUGUUUCCAAGGCAUCACAUCAGGCGGGUUCAUCUGUGGGUGUCCAACAGGCUUCACAGGAACUCAAUGUCAAGACACAGUUGCCCAAGAUCCCUGUCAACCAUCACCAUGUCAGAAUGGUGGCACUUGUUUCCAAGGCAGCACAACAGGCGGGUUCAUCUGUACCUGUCCAACAGGCUUCACAGGAACUCAAUGUCAAGACACAGUUGCCCAAGAUCCCUGUCAACCAUCACCAUGUCAGAAUGGUGGCACUUGUUUCCAAGGCAGCACAUCAGGCGGGUUCAUCUGUGGGUGUCCAACAGGCUUCACAGGAACUCAAUGUCAAGACACAGUUGCCCAAGAUCCCUGUCAACCAUCACCUUGUCAGAAUGGUGGCACUUGUUUCCAAGGCAGCACAACAGGCGGGUUCAUCUGUACCUGUCCAACAGGCUUCACAGGAACUCAAUGUCAAGACACAGUUGCCCAAGAUCCCUGUCAACCAUCACCUUGUCAGAAUGGUGGCACUUGUUUCCAAGGCAGCACAACAGGCGGGUUCAUCUGUACCUGUCCAACAGGCUUCACAGGAACUCAAUGUCAAGACACAGUUGCCCAAGAUCCCUGUCAACCAUCACCAUGUCAGAAUGGUGGCACUUGUUUCCAAGGCAGCACAUCAGGCGGGUUCAUCUGUACCUGUCCAACAGGCUUCACAGGAACUCAAUGUCAAGACACAGUUGCCCAAGAUCCCUGUCAACCAUCACCAUGUCAGAAUGGUGGCACUUGUUUCCAAGGCAGCACAUCAGGCGGGUUCAUCUGUGGGUGUCCAACAGGCUUCACAGGAACUCAAUGUCAAGACACAGUUGCCCAAGAUCCCUGUCAACCAUCACCAUGUCAGAAUGGUGGCACUUGUUUCCAAGGCAGCACAUCAGGCGGGUUCAUCUGUACCUGUCCAACAGGCUUCACAGGAACUCAAUGUCAAGACACAGUAGGUUACUCCAGUAAGAAGCAGUGUGCUUCAAAACCAAAACUUGCACACACUCAGAGACCGUUUUUUAUUCACCUUUUAGCCCAAGAUCCCUGUCAACCAUCACCAUGUCAGAAUGGUGGCACUUGUUUCCAAGGCAGCACAUCAGGCGGGUUCAUCUGUGGGUGUCCAACAGGCUUCACAGGAACUCAAUGUCAAGACACAGUUGCCCAAGAUCCCUGUCAACCAUCACCAUGUCAGAAUGGUGGCACUUGUUUCCAAGGCAGCACAUCAGGCGGGUUCAUCUGUACCUGUCCAACAGGCUUCACAGGAACUCAAUGUCAAGACACAGUUGCCCAAGAUCCCUGUCAACCAUCACCAUGCCAGAAUGGUGGCACUUGUUUCCAAGGCAGCACAUCAGGCGGGUUCAUCUGUGGGUGUCCGACAGGUUUCAUGGGAACACGAUGUGAAAUCCCCACUGAUCCCUGUCAACCAUCACCAUGCCAGAAUGGUGGCACUUGUUUCCAAGGCAGCACAUCAGGCGGGUUCUUCUGUUCGUGUCCAACAGGUUUCAUGGGAACACGAUGUGAAAUCCCCACUGAUCCCUGUCAACCAUCGCCAUGCCAGAAUGGUGGCACUUGUUUCCAAGGCAGCACAACAGGCGGGUUCUUCUGUGGGUGUCCAACAGGUUUCAUGGGAACACGAUGUGAAAUCCCCGAUGAUCCCUGUCAACCAUCACCAUGUCAGAAUGGUGGAACUUGUUUCCAAGGCAGCACAUCAGGCGGGUUCUUCUGUUCGUGUCCAACAGGUUUCAUGGGAACACGAUGUGAAAUCCCCGUUGAUCCCUGUCAACCAUCACCUUGCCAGAAUGGUGGCACUUGUUUCCAAGGCAGCACAUCAGGCGGGUUCUUCUGUUCGUGUCCAACAGGUUUCAUGGGAGCACGAUGUGAAAUCCCCGUUGAUCCCUGUCAACCAUCACCAUGCCAGAAUGGUGGCACUUGUUUCCAAGGCAGCACAUCAGGCAUGUUCCUCUGUUCGUGUCCAACAGGCUUCACAGGAACUCGAUGUGAAAGCCCUGUUGAUCCCUGCCAACCAUCACCGUGCCAAAAUGGUGGCAAUUGUUUCCAAGGCAGCACAUCAAACCAGUACAUCUGUGUGUGUCCAGCAGGUUUCACAGGAACUCAUUGUGACGUUGCUGGCUGUCAGCCCAAUCCAUGUCGGAAUAACGGAAUAUGCAGCUUUGUGGCAAACCAGGCUUUUUGCCAAUGCUUCAACGGCUACACUGGACAAUUCUGUGCAACUCCUCCAGAUUUAUGUGCCAUCAAUCCGUGUCUGAAUGGCGGCACCUGUAGGCAAAUUUCUGAUCUGGUGCACAUGUGUGUCUGCCCCAUUGGCUACAACGGGGCAGACUGCGAAAUUCCACCGGGUAUUUGCUCAAGUCAGCCGUGUCUGAAUGGAGGGACCUGUUUUGAUCAAAUGACAAGUUUCAACUGCAUGUGUACUGCUGAGUUCACAGGUCCUACCUGCAACAUUCCCGUCGACAAUACCCACCCGUGUAACCCAAGCCCCUGCCAAAACGGGGCAACAUGUUACAGAGAACAUGAAUCGGAGAUCACCUACUUCUGCUUUUGCACCGCCAACUAUUUUGGCAAAACUUGUCAAACUGUGAUCCCUGCGGGUACUGCAUGUGACUCUAGCCCAUGUCAGAACAAUGCUGUCUGUUCACCUUACGAAGUUGGAAGAGGCUACGCUUGUAUUUGCCCUCCAAGAUUCAUUGGUGUCCAUUGUGAAAUCUAUCAAAUGCCGUGUGAAUCGUCGCCUUGUGAGAAUGGAGGCACAUGCCAACACAACGGUUUUGGCUUUUUCACGUGCGUGUGCCCUGCGGGUUUCACUGGGAGAGUGUGUACGACUGCUGUGGAUGCCUGCAUAUCCUCACCCUGUAGGAACGGAGGGAUGUGUGCACCAAGUGGCGACGAUUACAUCUGCACUUGCCCUCCGGGCUACAUGGGCAACAGAUGCGAAAUUUACCGCCCGUGCAGCUCCAGCCCCUGUUUGAACGGCGGUACAUGCACUGAAGACUCAACUGACAUUGAUGGCUACAUAUGCACCUGCGCUGCUAUGUUUAUGGGGAAUAACUGUGAAGUAGAAAUGCCUACUGCCUGCAGACCUACCAAUCCUUGCCAGAAUGGAGGAAACUGUUCCCUGGUCCCAGGAGCACCUGAUCAGUUUACUUGUCUCUGUCCACCACAGUACGAAGGGGAAAAUUGUGAGACAGAGAUUGGCAUGUGCCCAGAUAUGUACUGCCAGAAUGGUGGGACGUGCGCGGUCAUGACCAUCCCUCAACCACCAGGUGCCACACCCAUGUACAAUUACACUUGUACUUGUCCAAUCACCCACACUGGUGAUCAGUGUGAAAUGGAUCGCUGUGAUGGAUACUGCCUGAAUGGAGGAACGUGCACUGUGAGCUUCACGGGUGAGGCUAUCUGCAACUGUGCAAUGGGAUACUUCGGAACACAAUGCCAACAAACUGUGACUACCUGCACCGACACGCGGUGCCAGAAUGGAGGCACCUGCAGAGAACUGAAUGGAGGUGUUGAGUGCCAGUGCCCCCUAGCAAUCACUGGGAUGUUCUGCGAGAGAGUUCCUUGUUCACUCAUCACUUGUCUAAAUGGAGGCACCUGCUCUGAUACUGAGGGCCUGGGAUCCUGCACAUGUGCAUCUGGAUUUAGGGGGCCGCUGUGUGCCACAAACAUUGACGAGUGUGCCAGUGUUCAGUGUCUCAACGGUGGAACCUGUCUUGAUCUCAACAACAACUAUUUGUGCGAAUGUGCUGACACGUACACAGGUCGACACUGUGAAAACCGGACCGAUGUGUGCGGUACCUUGGACGGCAGAUGCAAAAAUGGAGCAGUAUGUGAUAUGCCAAACAACAUGUGUCUCUGCCUGCCAGGCUGGGAAGGAGUUCUCUGUGACAACGAUAUAAACGAGUGUGCUUCCAAUCCUUGCGAGAACGGUGGGGUUUGCGUCAAUCGCAACAACAAGUUUCAGUGUGCCUGCAAGCAGUUUUACACUGGAGUCAAGUGUGAAAUGUCCGAGAACGACGUUAAUAAUGCUGCACAGGCCGGAGCCCUCCUGGAGCCCUGGUGGAUAGCGCUCAUCUGCCUGAUUGGUGUUCUGUUCAUCAUCUUCCUCUUCAUUGUCAUCUGCACCAUGAAUCGCAGCAACGACGACGACCUAAGGAAAACAAUCAUCUAGUCUCACUCUCUCAUCCGCUCCUGAAAAUCCAGAGUGAUUACUUGACUCUUCAUCAUCUUCCUCUUCAUUGUCAUCUGCACCAUGAAUCGCAGCAACGACGACGACCUAAGGAAAACAAUCAUCUAGUCUCACUCUCUCAUCCCCUCCUGAAAAUCCAGAGUGAUUACUUGACUCUUCGUCAUCUUCCUCUUCAUUGUCAUCUGCACCAUGAAUCGCAGCAACGACGACGACCUAAGGAAAACAAUCAUCGAGUCUGACUCUCUCCCCUCCUGAAAAUCCAGAGUGAUUACUUGACUCUUUGUCAUCUUCCUCUUCAUUGUCAUCUGCACCAUGAAUCGCAGCAACGACGACGACCUAAGGAAAACAAUCAUCUAGUCUCACUCUCGGCUGAAAAUCCAGAGCAAUUACCUGACUAAAGGCCGGUUCAUACUCCACGCAAAUGCCAAUUCGAAGUGAAUUCGAUGCGAUGAAACAUUAGCUGCGAAAUUGGCCAGAACUGUUUUCAAGUUUUGCAAAUACACGUACUUUGUUGUGAAGUCAUCACAAGUUCGCGUUCGAGUUUGCUUUUCAGCCAAGUAUGAACCGGCCUUGAUGUCACUUGUUGAGAUUUGAAUUGAACCAAUACAGUAUCACAUCACCAUUAUAGUAGAAUCCCACUGCAAUGAACACUGUGUUCUGAACAUUUGGUAAUAAUAAACAUAGCCUUUGGCUCUCAAAUUUAACUACAGUACUUUUUAAUUAAGAACAUUGGCCGCAGCCAUUGCUCUCAUUGUGUUCUUAUAGCGUCGUUUUACUGUAAGAUUGUUAUCUGCAGAGUAGUAUUAUUAAAAGAGAUU